AUGCUAGUAGAGAACUGCGCAAAGCUGGGACCAGAAAAGAUUCCAACAGAUACCAGGGCAAACCGAAAAGAUUCCAGCAGAAGAAAUCAGGGCGAUUCCAGCAGGCCCGAUAGAGCUCAACAAAAGUUGAAGGCUGCAGGCAUGCUGGAUCAUGAAGAGGGCGGACAAAAGAAGGAUCUGGAAUCAAAGCCCAUUGAGGAUACUGCCGGCGAAGGAGCCAAAAUAAAUAUCAACAAAGGCGGUGAGGUAUUGCUUGAAGCCGUAGCUGUGGACAAAAACGCAGGAAAAGCUCCAGUCGAUGCAAUGGAGGACGCUUCCACUACAACCAAAGGCGUGGUCUCCCCAGCACCAGCACCAGUACCUAACGGUACCGGAGGCCCACCAGACACCACUCCUCAUAAUGAAGAAGACAAGCAACCCAAAUCCAAAGAAAAACCAUUUUAUUGCAAAGGCUGGUUCUGGGUUGUCGUCCUACUAAUCUUGGUUGGAGGAGCUGUCGCCAUCUUUUUUGGGACGCGAAUCAAUGACACCACUGCCGCUGUUCCUGAGUCAGAGACUGUUUCUGGAACUGAUCCCGAUCCAACAGAGUCUGUGCCAACAAUGGCACCUGUAUCCAGCAGUCCCUCUGGAUCACCGUCCAGCACGCCAAGCAGCCUAGUCUUGUUGGAUCUUCCUCCUUCAUCAGAAGACUGCGCCGCAAUUGCCAACGGAGAAGUGGUGCCUGGGCAAGACAAUACCGUAUUGCAAAGCUACCAGGUGCAAAUGGAUGUUGUGCUAGACUCUGAAUAUCCCGAUGACACCACGGCCCAGGAGUUGGAAGAGAAAAUCCAAGCUCUUUUCAUGCCAGAACUCGCUGGGUGUCCAAUCAACACUGAAAGACGCAUGCUGAGGACUCUGUCCGGGCAAGAAAAUCUAUCUCGUCAGAGCAGUUCUUCCUCGGAUAAUGUGAAGAUUGAGUCUGCUACAACAUUUACCUUGACAAAUAUGAUUAUUCAGGUGUUUGGACCAGAACCAGAGUUGGUUACAAAGCUUGGCUUGCCCCAACCAUUCAAGCAAGCACUCAUUGUUUCCAUGGGGGCUACGGGCACAGGUCCUGCACCUCCUGUUCCCCCGUCAGACUCUUCGGCCACUCCCAGUGCAAGUCCAUCCAGUGCUCCUAGUGCAUCUGCUUUCAGCAAUCCCACCCAAGCUCCUGCUUCAUUUCCGACCACUGAUGAGCCAACGUUGAUGCCUAGUUCGCUUCCAUCGGCUCUACCUACUCCUGAUAUUACUAUCAAUGUGACACCUGGCCCAACACCUGCUCCAACAUUUGUUCCUGUACUGGAUGCAACACCACUGCCACCAUCGCAACCAUCACAAGGUCCAACACAACUUCCAACACCACUGCGAACUAGACGUCCGGCACAACUGCCAUCAAUUGCACUUUCAUCUUUACCCAGCCCUGGGCCUUCUAGUGCGCCUUCGGCUUUUGAUGGACUGGGUGUUCCGAUUGUGGCUGAUUGGGACAACGGACUGACUGCAGAAGAGGAUAUUGGUAGAUACUUUCUUUACCUCCGCCAGCAUUGGCAAGUGAUAUUUGGGUCCUUGUCGCCCUCGGGAGGAUUGGCAACAUAUGGAGUGGAACAAAAACAAAACGGUCAAGUCAUUUGGCAAGGAACCGUCGGAGUGUGGACAUUUGAUGCUUCCCCACAGCCCCGCGCUGGUGCUCCUGAUGGGUAUGAGGUUGGGAGAGUCAACGCGAUUAGGAGUGCUGCUGAUGGACAAUGGCAAACUGGUGAUGUCAUUGUUCCUUCACCCUGUUUUCAAACCAACACUGAGCUAUCUGAUGCAGUAGGUGACUGGUUUGAUACCCCAGAAUUAAAGGGAUCAGUUGAAGACCAAUAUGGCCCAAUCGCAGACUGGUGUUUUGGUGCAGGUGUUACAAGCAUGCAGGACCUGUUCUUUGAACAUUCUACUUUCAAUGAGGAUAUUGGAAACUGGGACGUGUCAUCUAUAACAAAUAUGGAUCAGAUGUUCCGGGGUGCGAGUGUCUUCAACCAGGACUUGUCAUCAUGGGAUGUUUCUUCUGCUACAUCUAUGGCCAGUAUAAUCAACAGGGCAUCAGUCAAAUUUGCAGAGAAAUUCAAUCAAGACAUAUCAUCGUGGGAUGUUUCCAGAGUCACAAACUUACAAGUGACGUUCCAAGUAGCAGGGUCGUUCAACCAAGAUUUGUCGUCAUGGGAUGUUUCUUCUGUAACUGAUGUGGGUACCACCUUUCAAGGAGCAGUUGCAUUCAAUCAAGACAUAUCAUCAUGGGAUGUUUCCUCUGUAACUUCAAUGUAUCGAAUGUUCCGGGACGCCCUUGCCUUUGACCAAGACUACUG